GUACACCAACGUAGAAAACGCGCAACCAAGAAAUUUCGGUGACAUCAUGAUUGGGAGAGGUGAAUGUUUCAACGAUUUCCUUAACCCCAGGCGAUUUCUCAGCAACUACGGCGAGAUACUGUUUGCCUUCUUCGUCGAUUUCCUUGGCCGCAACUCUCAACUCUUCGGUGGCGUCCUUCAGCACGAGAAUUGCCUUCCGGAGUACAAGUCAUACGCCCCUUGUGAAGCUUCUCGAAUCUUGGAAGCCUGUUCUCGGAAGGUGUCCAGAGCUUGCUUCCACGAUUCUUCGGCUCCAAAGCGGUGA